CCUUCUCGCUGUGAGGCAAGAGCGCUAACCACUGCGCCACCGUGCAGCCCCUUAUUGCUUAAUUUGAUUGUAUAAAUAUAAUAUUUCGUUAUUUAGAUCAGGAGGUUUAUAAUUGAGAAUAUAGCUUAUUAUCAUAAUUUGUAAAAGCAAACAGUAUUCUUCCCAGACAAGAAUGAAUGAUUUAAAAAGAUCUGCUUAUAUUUUAACGCAGUUAAAUUUAUUAAAAACAAAAAUGCGAGAAAACAUUCCAUCUUUAUUGAUGACACUAACCCAUAUCAGAACCCCCUACUAAUUGUUUAUUGUUUUAAAUUUAGUUUUUAUUUGUUAUUUUUGACUGAUGAAGGAUGUUAAGGAUUGCUGUUAUAUUAUGUUAUAAUCUGAAGUUCAAAUAAAAAAAUACAUCAAUUAAUCUAUUGUUGUGAGUAUAAAAUGAAUAAACAAACAAAUAAAUAACAGUUUUUUUCAAUGUCGGUCAAUUCCCAAGUAAUCCAACAGAUGACAGUAUAGCUACGUGAAUCCAAAACAAUACAUGUGAGCCAGCUGUGUUUCACAAAUUAUUCAUUUUUUUAGUGUUUAGCUUUAGGGGAAAAAAAUAUACCAUUAAAUACAUAAGGAAAUUUAAAAAUGUACAAGUUAUGCUUAUUAUUUUCAUAUCUAGCUAACAACAUUUCUGUAUCUUCGCUAAAAAAUAAUCCUGAAGUGCAAUGCCUCGUUGAAUAGAAUACAUUUGUCCAAAAAAUCUCUAUGUAAAAAGGAGGAAAGAGAUCACUUUUAUGAUAAAUAUUGCUCUACUGUUGCUGUAACUAUUAAAGAAAUGUAAAAAAAAAAUGUUAUUAUGAAUAUUUUAUACGCUAAUUCCUUUUGGACACGAUGUGAAAGAAUCACAAAUUGUUCUUUCUUUCUGUUGGGUUAAUAGUCAAGUGUUCAUUUUUUUCCCCCCUGAGGCUCGUCGUAUCGGUAAUGAUAGAAAAAGAAAGAGAGGAAACUGUGUUGAAAGGCUGCCCUCCUUCCUCUUGUCUCUGCUUCCAGUUGGGCAACUCAUCUCGUGUUUUUCAGGGUUUGCCUCAGUUCCUGUUCAUUAUAGGCUGACAGACGGAGUCUGUGCUGAAAAUGCACUGCUGUGAGGGGCAGAUUACUAUGACCUGGAACAGCCGUAACAGUCACGAUUGACCUGCUUUUAUUUAUUUUUGUUUUGCAUCUGAUUAUCUCACUGAUUCAUUUUUUUUAAGGAAGAGGAUGCCUGUUUUCUUUGUCGUGUGUAUUUUGGUCGUCAUCUCAACCCUGUGUAAAGGGCACUUCCAGCCGUGCAGAGUUUUCCCCACUGACCUGUUUGUCGAAGUGGGGUCCAGUGUUCGGUUGGUGUGCAACUGUGACUCGGUCAGGAACGGCAAAUUUUUUUGGACUCUGAACAGAAGGCGUCUGGAUGAAAACCUGUCAAAGACGAUCAACUCCACCCACAGCGUUCUGUCACUGAGAAACUUCACCCACUCCAAUGCAACAGUCGAGUGUCACAAUACAGAAACCACACAGAUCCUGGGAGGCACCAUCGUCAAAACAUAUUCCAAACCCAAAAACAUAGAAUGCCUCCUGCAUUAUGAAAAUCCUUUGGAUGACGGCGUUCCUCAGCUUUUUACAUGCACAUGGGAACACCAAACCCAUAACCUAAAGAAAAUAAACUACACCGUAAAUAUCGAAUCGGCAGAAGUUUUCUGGUGCAGCUCCACAGUAAAAUCCUGCACCAUCCAAGAUGUCGACGUUUCCGGUCAAAUAAGUUUAGUGAAGAACAUCAUCGUCACUGUUAAAGCUGAAACUGCUAAAUGGACGUCAAGUUCUGACCCUUACAAAGUUAGCCCUUUGAGUAUUUUGAAAAUGAAUCCACCACUUGUCGCCGUAACGGCCUCGCCUGACCAUCUCCUGGUAUCAUGGAAAAUUAUCUUGGACUUUUUGGAUAUUUUUUUCUGUCAAAUCAAAUACUACAAGACUUUUUCUACAACUGAAGAAACUCCAAAGAUAACAAACUGUACAAGUUGUCGGAACGCCACCCUUGAAGACGUGGAAUCCUGCACUUUUUACAACAUUUCAGUUCGAUGCUCCUUAAAGAAUUCCACCUGGAGCGACUGGAGCCAGGAGGAAACGAUUCUGACCAAAGUAAAAAAGCGUCACGUUGAGCUGCUUUUGUGGAGAAAGGUGUCUGAGCUGCAGGAACAUAGAAGAAAAGUUCAUCUUAUGUGGAGGCUAUCUCAGGGGAAUGUUUCCCUAAAAUGUGCGGACACGGUUAAAUUCACCAUCCGGCAGACGACUUAUGGAGAAAAUAUGACAGAAGGAAAGGAUACUACAUGUGUGAGCUCAUUGUGUGAUGUUGAAGUGGAUGAAAACGCUCACCAAAUCCAUCUAAGGGCCCUGCAGAGUGAAAGUGUGAUCGCCCAGGACUCCAUUUACGUCCCCGCUGUUGCAGAGAGCCUCCCGCGAGUUUCUGACAUCCGAACCUCAAAUCAUGAAGGCGUCAUUCUGGUCAGCUGGAGAGCGCCCAAACAGCCCGUCCGCAGCUACGUGAUCGACUGGACCCACAACGGAAAUCAAUACGAGUGGGCAGAGAGCGAAAACACUGAUGCAACUUUGUCGGACCUCCAUGAUAGAAAACCAUAUAAUAUCACAGUUACGCCCCUCCUCCUCGAUGGCAGGACAGGCCACAGCACACGAGCUCUUCAGAUAUGCUCCGGAUUUGGAGCUCCUGGAAGGAUUACUGUCAGGGACGUUGAACCUUACGACACAAGUGCCUUCGUGAGCUGGGACACCACGUCUGAGGAUGUUUGCAGUGGUGCUGUCCUCAACUACACCGUCUUUUACAGGAACCAGUCCACAGGAACGCUGCACGGCGUUACUGUGAACGGAGGAAAGCUCAACGUCUCCCUGAAAGAUCUGACUCCAGCAACUCAGUACAGCAUCUAUGUGGAAGGCAGAGCGGAAAACGGACUAACUAUAAGUGAAAGAAGCUUCUUUACAACCAAAAGAUUUGAUCCACGGCUUUUAAACAGCAUAAUUGCGUGUGGAAUAAUCAUUUUCAUUCUUGUAAUAAUCUGUGUUGUAAUGUGGAAGAAAGUUAACGAGAAGCCAGUCCCAGAUCCGGCCGUCAGUUCCGUAGCAGAGUGGCUCCUGCAGAGCAAUCAAAAGGACAAAAGCCACUUCCAGAAAUUCUUUGUUCCAUUUGAAAGUUAUUGUGACCAAAUCUACAUCCAGGAAUUCCUCAGUACAUUGACUCCAUCCGGUAACGGUGAUCCGUGGAUGAAUCAGGGACAAGAGAGCCUUAAAACAACCAUCUCUCUCAUGCCAAAUGCAAUUGGAGAAAAGCCUGUUGCACUUAGUGAAACACAGCUUUCGCCUUUUCCAGAGGAGUCCACAUCAUCGCUUUCCACUGAAAGCAGCUCGGUCAACCCUUAUCGGAGUCAGGCGACCACAGAAACUCUUGUGCCAAGAAAAACAAACCAGUGUAAGCUCGAGUCAAACCUGCCGCACGAAAGGUUUUCACCCAAGUCUGUUUAUGUCAGUUUGCACAUGUACGAACAAAAUGAUUGGUUAAAGUAGGAGAAAGACGAUUCAGAUUGAUCCUGAAGAAAGCUGAAAGACUUCCAACAAAACAUUAAGCUAUGUACUUGACAAAAGUCUAAUGAUCUUUCUGUGUAUUAGUACAUUUUGCUUCUGUAAGCCCAACAUUAUUUAUUUUUAAAAAAGUGUAAAUAAUGUGCUUUAAAACUGAAAUAUAACUAAACGGGUUAUUUAGUUUACCUUUUUUAGUAUGUGUCCCAAAACAUUAGGUUUUUGAAACAUUGUUUGCAACAUCAAGAGGCUAACAAAGUUGUGUAACUGUGUUUUGUACUCUGUAUUGUGAAAAGCUAGUAAUUGCAUGAAUGCAUUGAUGUAAAUAUAAUGUUAAUUAUUCCUUUGCCUAUUGUAAAGCUAGUUUGAUCUUUUAUCAUUUGUAACAAGAAGAGUAGAACACACAGAAGUUUCACAUGAAGAUUUCCAAUAAACAUGUUAUCACAAUA